UCUCUGCUGGGUCUGUGGGAAGGGGGCUCCUGGGCUCUGUUACAGCUGCACAGGGAAGGGGCUGGGGCCAGGUUUGGCYUGGGAGAGAGGCAGUGGUGAGGGACUGUAUGUGCCCCAUGGCCCUGUGCAUGUGCCCCUCUCCCCGUGCCAGGUUUGGGGCCGUGGAGGGCAGUGCUGGGGCGCUCCGUCUCUACACAGUGCAGGUGCCCCACAAGCGGGAGCGCCGCCCCCCGCCCUGCUACCUGACCAAAUGGGAUGGCAAGAGCUUCCUGCCGCUGCUGACACGGCCCUGCGGCUCCGAGGUGGUGUCCUGCCUCUCCAUCAGUGAUUCUGGCACCUUCCUGGGGCUGGGCACGGUGACGGGCUCGGUGGCCAUCCACAUUGCCUUCUCRCUGCAGAGAUUGUACUACGUGAAGGAGGCCCAUGGCAUCGUGGUGACAGACGUGGCUUUUGUCCCCGAGAGCCGGCCGGGRCGGGAGCUGCUGGGGGGCCACGAGGCUGCCCUGCUCAGCGUGGCCGUGGACAGUCGCUGCAAAGUGCACCUGCUGCCCACCCGCCGYUCCCUGCCCGUCUGGCUGCUGCUGCUGCUCUGCGCUGGCCUCACCGUGGCCACCAUCCUGCUGCUGCAGCUCGCCUUCCCGGGCUUCCUGUAGCCCCCUGGCCCCCAGAGAGGCACCCUGGCACCUGGAGCGACCCCCAGCCUCGCCCUACCCCACACAGACUGUGAAGGACAYGAGGGACCAGCCCCAGCCCCGCUGCCCCCGCUGGUGCUCGGGGAGCAGACGAGGGGCUGGGGAGCCGUGCACGGCUCUGUCCCUGUGGGACUGUGCUGGCAGCAGAGCAGGGCUGGUCCUGGCAUGGGGACAUCUCCUUCCCCAGGAGAGGAGGGUCCUGCUGGGGCCCCGCCCUGCUGCUGCCAUUAAACUGGAGCAUGAAGGCAGUGUUUGUCCGUGUGUGCUG